GAACAUUUUACUUAUUUUUAGUUCCGUUUUUGCAGUACAGGUAGAGAGGCGCACAUGUAGGAGAAGGUGAAGAGGAAAUGAAGACAGGAGGAUGUACAGCUAGGAGAGGAUGAAGCCAUAAAGAUGUGCAGGUAGAAGGAUUCAUACACAAGAGAAAGUGCAGAUAGGGGGAGGUGCAGAGACGCUACUAGGUGGCAGAUAGGAGAAUAUACAAUCAGGAGGAAAGUGGGAAGUACAGACAUGGAGAGGUAGAAAUGAAAUAGAGGCAGGAAAAGGUGCACAAAGCAAAAAUAUGCAGAGGGAAUGAAGUUGCUGAGAAGGUGCAGAAAGGAAAAAGUGGUGCUGGCAGAGGAGGUGCACAUUCAACCAGGUGCCUAAAGGAAAAAAGGGGAAAACAGAAGGACAAUGUGAGGAGGUGGAGACAGGAUAAGGUGCAAAUAGGAGGAGGUGCAGAGAGGAAAAGACAAAAUAUGUAAAGACCUUCAUAUGUGAACAAGAACAUCGGAAACAAAACAACAUGAUUGUUUUUUUUUGUGGUCACUCCUGAUGAAACAAUCCACAGAGAGGAUGAAGGGUUUACCUCUCCCUGGGACCCCUGUCGGCUCAGGCGGGCCCUCCUGCUGUGAUCUGCCACUCUGGCACUGAGCAGCACGGACAAAGCCGGGGACCGCAAGUAUGGAGAAAGGGAGGACGUGUGUGAGCAGCGGGUCCGUUUGACGCGAGAUGUUCCUGCUGGUUCUCCUUCACGUCCUGCAGUCAGCUGUGUCGACCCGUUCCUGCCCUUCUCUCUGUGUCUGCAGCAGUGGAGUGACAGAGCCCAGGUCGGUCCAGUGCAGCGACCCGAGGACGUCGGCGCUUCCUGUCAACGUCCCGGCCGACACGGUCAAGCUUCGCCUGGAGAAGACCUCCAUCACCAGGGUGCCCCGGGCGGCUUUCUACAACCUGUCGGAGCUCCGCUUCCUAUGGCUGACCUACAACUCCGUAACGUCCGUCCACCCCAGCAGCUUCGUCAACCUGAAGGCUCUGAGGGAGCUGCGUCUGGACGGAAACCUGCUGACGGCCUUCCCCUGGGAGGGCCUGAGAGACACGCCACGCCUCCAGACCCUGGGGCUCCACAACAACCGGCUGUCCAGCCUCCCGGCCCACGCGGCCCUCUUCCUCCCCAACAUCACCUACCUGGAUCUGUCCAGCAACAAGCUGACCAUAUUACCAGCUGAGCUUUUAGACCUCUGGUUUCCUCUCCCAGAGCUGCAGGAAGGACCAGUUCAAAGAAAGAUCUUAGGUCUGCAUGACAACCCCUGGCUGUGCGACUGUCAGAUUUCCAUGCUGACGUCGUUGUCCGCGUCGGUGGGGAGCCCCGUGGUUCUGAUGGACCAGCUGCUAAUGUGCAGCAGGUCCGUGGGUCGGUCCGGGUUGCUGCUGACGCAAGCCGAGCUCUCCCGCUGCAUGAGGCCCUCCGUCCAGCCUGCAGCCACCAGGGUCGUCUCGCCGCUGGGCAGCAAUGUGAUUCUCCGAUGUGACGCCAGUGGGUACCCAACACCGACGCUGACGUGGAUUAAAACCUCGGCGUACACCGGUUGCUGUCAGCAAGACCUCCUGCAGAGCUCUGAACAGCUUCCCAGGAUUUUGGACACCUUCCUGCAGGAAUCUCCUCGAGUCGGCGUUCGCUGGUCCAUAAUCAGUCUGAACGGCCUGUCGUACAAGGAUGCCGGGGAAUAUCGCUGCCAGGCUCGAAACAUGGCCGGAAUAUCCGAAGCGCCGAUCAAACUCAGGGUCAUGGGCAUCGCAAGACUGUCUGGUGUCCCGAAGAAAAAAUCACCAAAGACUUUGACCAAAUCGUCACCAAAAUACAGAAAGCCGCUCCGGCCUCCCGCCUCCAACAACCUCAAGGGGAAGGCGACUCUGAAAACUACAAGCGGCCCGCCAUCUUUACAGAACAACGCCCAGGAAGUUUAAAACCUUCACUCUGGAGGACUUUAAGAAAACAAGUGUUUAGUUUAACUCCACCAGACCUAAACUAAGACCCUCCAACAACUCUACAAAUGCUCUGCUAGAAGAACUAGUUGAAUGUGAAUCACUGGGAACCAACAAUGUCUGAUAAGUUUUAGUCUCUCUUACUUUUUUUCUAAAAAAACAAAAACACGGUAGUUCCUGUUUUCAGAGCCCUUUAAAGAUUCUGCACCGCUAUGAUACCACCUGUUUAUAAAAAAUUAAAUAAAAUGAGUGAUA